UUCUUUCGUCUUCUUCAACGGUCCCUUGCUUCUCUCUCUCUCUCUCCAACGAUUCGUCUGUGAAUACCCACCCCAAAAAUGGCUUUCUGUACCCGGAAAAUUUCUCUUUUGGAAGGGUUAGUCAGAUUUUCCAGAUACUACAGUUCGAAUAAUCGGAAGAUAGACUUGAAAAAGCUGAGGCCGAUGAUUCUGAAGAGGAUCAAGGAUAGGGCAAAGGACUACCCGGUGAAAGGCAUGGUGCCCGUAGCCCAAGAUGUGCUGAAGGCCAGAGCUCUCCUCAUCCAAGGCGUCUCUACCCUUCUCCAAGUCAUUCCUGUCUUGUCUUGCAAAUUUUGUCCGGAGGUAUAUAUAGGUGAGCAAGGCCAUCUAAUUCAAACUUGCUGUGGUUACAGGCAUCAUGGCAAGAACCAGGUGCAUGAGUGGAUCAAUGGUAGACUGACUGACGUACUCGUCCCUGUAGAAACUUUUCACUUGGAUAAAAUGUUCCAAGGUGAAAUCAAACACCACCAAAGGUUCGAUUUUGAAAGGGUCCCAGCAGUUGUUGAGCUCUGUUGGCAAGCAGGAGCUGAUCCAGAGGAUGAGAGUCUUAAUCCUGGCAGAUGGAAUUCAGAGGAUAGUGUUGGAGUUGGGGUCAUUGGUGCUGAGUCUUUGUCACCUGAUGAUCUUAGAUUGAUAGCUAGGGGAACUUUGAGGGCUUGGGAGAUCCUCAGGUCCGGGGUGCAAAAGCUAUUGAUGGUUUAUCCAUCAAAGGUUUGUAAGCAUUGUUCUGAAGUUCAUGUAGGGCCAUCCGGACACAGGGCUCGGCUCUGUGGAGUGUUUAAGUUUGAGAGUUGGCGUGGGGCCCACUUAUGGAAGAAGGCAGAGGUGGAUGAUUUGGUGCCUCCGAAGGUUGCCUGGUACCGUCGGCCUCAGGAUCCUCUGGUUCUUCUGGAUGAAGGGAGGGAAUUUUAUGGGCAUGCCCCAGCAGUGGUGGAUUUGUGUGUGAAGGCUGGUACUAUUGCUCCAUCCAAAUAUUUCUGCAUGAUGAAGGUGCAGGGUUUAUCAGCAUCUGUUUGAGUGCAACCUUGUUGCUUUCGACUUUUGAGUAAUACUUUUGGAGAUAGAUUCUCAUUAUGUUACGUAUUCCAUUUUGUGAGUCCACUUGGCCCCAACUUUGCCUCAUCCCCCAUGAUCUGAACCGUUCUAUCUGUGUAAGGCGAAUGUGGUUCACUCGUAGGGCCACCAGUGUCCGACCAAAUUCAUUUUUUUCAAAAACGAUGUACUCAGAAACUACAAAAAUUGAAUGGUUCAGAUCAUUGAGACAGGUCUGGAGUGAGGCCACAAAAUGGAAAACUGGACUGUGAGUCCUUUAUGGAGAGAACUCUGUUCCUAGUACUUUUGUAGUUGGGUUUGGCUUCAAGGUAGGCAACAGAAAAUUAGAGAGUCCUCUCAACCCCUUCAAGCUGGAGUUUAAUAAACUCACUGUUCAUGAAGGCUGAAGGAUAAUUGGGUACAUCUCAGUCGCCACUGACUGCUGCACUAUCUUCGUGUUUUGUGAGAAAAAAAAACUCUAGAUUUUCAUUGGAAACUGAAGGGUUGGCUUCUUGUUUGAGGCUCUCGUUUAUCGGGUUUGAUGCCAGGUUCAAGCCUCACCACUACGAGCUCUUCCUUUCCCUUAUUCGUCUCCUACAGUCCUACUGGUUGUUAAUACAAUGUAGAUCUUUGGUUGUAAGUUUUGUCCUCUUUACGGUAGCUCUAAAUGGAGAGACAAUCCUGACUUUGUACACACAAACACACACACAUUAUAUCUUAAUCCAUUGAAUCUGGAACUCCUCUGCUCUUGUGCUGAUU